UUUUUUUUUUUUCUUUUUUACCUUAUUUAAACAUGGCAGGAAAAAAACGUUCACCUAAAAAUACCCCUACUGCUAUCUCAGCAGAAGAGAAAGUGACGUUAUUAGCUGAUGAGACGAGUAAAAAGAAAUGGCAAAACUGGUGGGUCAGAACCAUUACUACAUUCAUGAUGAUUGGUGCCUUUUUCCUUAUUUUGGCCUCGGGUCACGUUUGGGUCAUUUUAAUGGUGGUUGCCAUAUCAACCGUUGUAUAUAACGAAGUGCUUCAAAUCGCUCAAGGUCCAGCAAAAGAUAGUAACUUUAGGUGGUUCAAGACAAUGAGUUGGUACUUUUUAGUGACAACCACUUAUUUCCUUUAUGGUGAAUCAAUCAUUUAUUAUUUCCAAUCUGUCGUCCUCGUUGACCGAAUUCUUUUACCCUUUGCUACGCAUCAUCGAUUCAUUAGUUUCGUGCUUUAUAUCAUUGGAUUCAUGUUCUUUGUCACCAAUUUGAAAAAGGGUCUUUACAAGCGUCAAUUCCGUCAAUUCGGUUGGAUGCAUAUGGCACUUAUUCUCGUUGUAUUUCAAAGUCACUUUAUCGUGAAUAAUAUCUUGGAAGGUUUGAUCUGGUUCUUUAUCCCUACUUCACUUGUCAUUUGCAAUGAUAUCUUUGCUUAUAUCUGUGGUUUCUUUUGGGGUCGCAAUCAACUCAUCACCUUGUCUCCUAAAAAGACAAUUGAAGGCUUUGUCGGUGGUUGGAUCUGUACAAUGAUCUUUGGUUUAUUGUGGUCAACCUUGUUAAUGAGAUUUGAUUAUAUGAUUUGUCCAGUAAAAGAUUUGUCCAUGUCUGCAUGGUCUGAUAUCACUUGUCCCGUCAAUCCUGUCUUUAUUUCUGUCCCUUGGCAAUUACCUGAUUUAUGCAUUACUGUCCUCAAAACUGUUCUUCAAAAGGAAAUCACUCAGAUUUGGAUUGCACCUAUUCAACUUCAUACACUUGUGAUGGCAUGUUUUGCAUCUUUAGUUGCGCCCUUUGGUGGAUUUUUCGCAUCGGGUGUGAAGAGAGCCUUCAAUGUAAAAGAUUUCGGACAAAGUAUUCCCGGUCACGGAGGAAUGACGGACCGUAUGGAUUGUCAAUUCUUGAUGGGAUUCUUUGCUUCGAUUUAUUACCAGAGUUUUAUCAAGACCUACACCAUGAAUGUCGGAACCCUUCUCUCUUCUGUCAUUAACAACUUAUCCUUGAAUGACCAAUUGGAACUCUUGGAACGUAUCUUGACUUACUUUGUAAACCAAGGCAUCCUGGAUCCUGCUGUCUUGCAAAAAUGUGGCGCAAGUGCUUUAACUGAAAGUGCCCGUCAUAUCUUAGAAACCGGUGUCUCUUCCUCCUUGUAAUAUUUCUUUUUUAUUUUCUUCUUCUUCUUUUUAUUUUGUGCCAUUAUUAUAUAUAUAAUUCUCUCUCUCUCUCUCUCUCUCUCUCUCUC